UCACUCCAACUCCCUGAGACAUUCUUUGCCUAGCAUCUGAAAGUAUUUGAGCUUGCCACCCUGGAUUUUAAUUCUACUCCCUCAUUCUACAGUUGAGGAAAACAGACUGCAAAGAGGGGCAACAACGUGCGUGGGAAAGCCGCUCAGGAACGUAGAACACUAUUUCCUACUCUCACUACGCUACCUUUUCGGCACAUGCUUUGUUCUAUGGCCAAAGUCAACAUUCGUUACCAAAAAGAAAUGGAGAAUCUGCGAUUCCCUUAGCGCUUUAGAAAUGGAAGUUCUUUAGGGAACGCAACAAUUUCUCGUCUGUUAUGUGUAUAUACAUGUAGGCAGAACGUUCACCCAAAUUCAACCCCCAGUAUGACCUGCCUCAAACCAGCUACCCAUACCUGGGAACCCAAAGACACAGUCCAGACCAGGAACCUCCUCUCCUAGCUUACGUUUUCACCCGAGUUCACAAAGGAACGGACCGGAAGUGUCGAUCAGUCGCCCUGCGGCGAGUCCUACCGGUACCCUGGUCGAGCUGGCCGGAAGAGGAAGGUGCAGCCCUUAGAAGGUUCCCCGCGUAGUGCGUGCUUCCGCACGGUUGUUGUUGCGGACGUUGGGCUGGGUAGGCGAAAGCUCCCGCGGCGCUCGGCAGGUUUGAGAGAUGCCGGGCAGAGGCCGGUGCCCCGACUGCGGCUCCGCAGAGCUGGUGGAAGACGCGCACUAUUCGCAGAGCCAGCUGGUGUGCUCCGACUGCGGCUGCGUGGUCACCGAGGGCGUUCUCACCACCACCUUCAGCGACGAGGGCAACCUCCGAGAAGUAACAUAUUCCCGAAGCACAGGGGAAAAUGAACAAGUUAGCCGCAGUCAGCAACGAGGUCUCCGCCGAGUGAGAGACCUCUGUCGAGUUCUGCAGUUGCCAUCAACAUUUGAAGACACAGCACUUGCCUACUACCAACAGGCAUACCAGCACUCUGACAUCCGUGCUGCCAGGCUGCAAAAGAAAGAGGUGUUGGUUGGGUGCUGUGUCUUAAUCACCUGCCGGCAGCAUAACUGGCCCCUAACCAUGGGAACCAUCUGCACCCUGUUAUAUGCAGAUUUGGAUAUGUUUUCUGGCACCUACAUGAAGAUAGUGAAGCUUCUGGGGCUGGAUGUGCCAUCUCUGUGCUUGACCGACCUGGUGAAGACCUAUUGUAGCAGCUUCAAACUGUUUCAAGCCUCCCCAUCUGUGCCAGCCAAAUACAUGGAAGACAAAGAGAAGAUGCUGUCACGAACAUUGCAGUUGGUGGAGCUGGCGGAUGAGACAUGGCUGGUGACUGGGCGGCAUCCCUUGCCUGUUAUCACUGCUGCUGCUUUCCUGGCUUGGCAGUCGCUGCAGCCUUCAGCUCGUCUGACAUGUUCCCUGGCUCGAUUUUGUAAAUUGGCAAAUGUGGACCUGCCCUACCCUGCUUCCACCCGCCUACAGGAGCUGCUGGCUGUGCUCCUGCGGAUGUCUGAGCAGCUGGCCUGGUUGCAGGUUCUAAAACUUGACAAACGGUCUGUGGUGAAGCAUAUCGGCGACUUGCUCCAGCACCGCCACACUUUGAUCCGCAAAGCCUUUCGAGAAGGGACAGCGGAGGUGGAAGCCCAGGAGAAGGAACUGCAGGGGCAAGGACAGGGGAAAGUGGAAUUGGGUAAUAGUUCCUUAGGUUUGCCUGAGGGGAAGCGACCAGCUAGUCCUGCCCUUCUCCUUCCACCCUGCAUGUUGAAGCCCCCAAAGCGGGUCUGCCCCAUCCCCCCUGCCUCCACAGUCACUGGAGAUGAGGACAUUUCUGAUAGUGAAAUAGAGCAAUAUUUGCGAACCCCUCAGGAAGUGAGGGACUUUCAGAGAGCCCAAGCAGCUAGACAAGUUGCCACAGGUAGUCCUAACCCUCCAUGAUGCACUUUGGAGGUUUGGGGAGGCACUUCACUCCAUUCUGACAGCAGAUUGAUAAUAGGCCUGUCAUAUCCAGAGAAAUAAGUGUACAAGUCCAUAGGUGUUGUCUCUCUGCAGUUAAUUGGAGCCCAGGUCCUGGAGUAGAAAUCAUAAAGACUGUAGAGACAACCGAGUUGGAGAGAGUCCUGUCCUUUAGUGCCAGAGAGCAAGUUGCAUAUGUUCACAUUCUGUGGAAUGGCUAUCCUCUUAGACUGUUGGGAGAGGGUCAGGCUCUCUCCUGCUCCUGGUUUGAAUUGGAUAAACUGCUGCUGCAGGGCUCAUGGGGCCUCCCUACUGGUGUGGAGCAGUUGGCAUUUCCAAUGGUAUCAGCCCUCAGAGGACAGGAGCUAGGUAACUCUUGGGCCUGUGCUCUUUCAUAGGUAUCAGUGGGUUAACAUGUAUGGUACCAUGAGAUCCUCUGCCUCGUAACAAAAGGACUGUGGGUGAACUAAAGCUAUAGUUCAAAGGGCUUUACAAAAUUUUAAUAUAUUAAAACAACAGGCAUCUGCUAGAAAACAUUCUAUUGUAUAAAACCCGAGCUUUUAAAAA